AUACACUAGAAGGACUUGUAUGUCAUGUCAAAAAAGAAGGAGUUACAGCACGGAAACACGGAAAUAGUGGUCGUAAGCCUAAGCAUGCUUUAGUGUAUGAGGACAUCCGAAAAGUUGUGGAGUACAUCCAAAAUUAUGCAGAUGCAUAUGGGCUCCCACAACCAGCUGCUCCACGUGGAAGUAAUAAUAUACCCCCUGUUUAUCUAGACAGCGGGACAACAAAGCUAAAAGUUCACAAAAUGUAUCUUCAGAGUGUGAGAAUUCCAAUAUACGGUACGUUAAACAAAGUUCUUUUUGCGAGAUCUGGAAUAAUUGUCUGGGCCGCAUUAAAAUUGCCUCUCCGAGAGAUGACGUGUGUGCCGCAUGUGAGAAACACAGAAGAAACAUAAAUAUAGCUGUUGAAGAAAACGAAAAAAUUUACGCAACUGAUCAAUUCCGAGAACACAUUUUAAAAGCCCAAAUAGAGAGAGAAGUUUACAACAGUUGUAUCAAGCAGGCAUGAGAGUCACAUGAUCAAACCCCACAAACAAGAUAUAAUCAUUACACUUUUGACUUCUCCCAAAAUGUUUCAAUACCACACUAUUCCAGACAAAUGGGACCAAUUUAUUUUGCAACAUUACGUAAAGUGCAAAUAUUUGGCGUGCGCAUUGAUGGGUAUCCAAGGCAACUGAACUUCUUAGUAGAUGAAAACGAGACGAUCGGGCAAGACGGGACGCAAACACACGGUCCUAACGCUGUAAUAUCAAUGUUGGACUAUGUGCUUGACGAGUACAGUCAACAUGAGCCUAAGAUCUCACUCCAUGCAGACAACUGCCCUGGGCAAAACAAGAAUCGUUAUUUGUUAGGUUACCUCAUGUGGCGUAUCCUGACAGGAAGACAAGAUUCUAUCGAAUAUCUUAUGCAGGUUCCCGGUCACGCAAAAUGUUUGGUAGAUGCUGGAUUUGGCCAUUUAAAGAAACUUUACAGAAGAUCGAACAUAGAGACCAUGGACCAGCUUGGAGACGUUGUACGUUUGUCGUCUGCGACCAAUCAAGAAGUUCGGUAUCCAGCAUGGCAGUGGGCUGACUGGAAGAGUUACCUAACUCCAAUGUUCAAAUCAGUUCAUGGAAUAAGGAAGUACCAGUCUUUUAGUAUGACAAUAGACGAACCUGGUGUCGUUACCAUGCAAACUGGAAAAAAUACACCGGAAGUUAAGGUUAACAUCUGUACUGGUAUCCGUGUGAAUGAUGAUAGACCUACUACGCUUCAACCAAAAGGACAGAGCAGACAACGAGUUGAAUACCAAUAUAAAAAUGUCAGAAAAUACCUGAAUCCUGUCAAUAUGGAUAUCACGUGCCCGCAACCAGCGCCACGAUAGUUACGUUUUGCCAUAUACAGACUUGUAUUUAAAAUGAAUUGAAGUACUGCAAUGAUUAUUGAGCAAUUUUGAGCAAGAAAUAUUUUUAAAAUGGCGUGUAUUUCAUCAUUAUUUGAAUAUAUUAAAUUUUGUCAUAUAUCUGGUAAAUUUAUAAAUCUGCUAGAAAUAUUCCACCAAUUCAGUGUCGA